AUGGUCGCAUGUAGCAGCGGUAACUACUUACGGUGGUGCUGGUGGCGGGGGCGGUGGGGGCGGUGGGGGCGGUGGGGGCGGUGGGGGCGGGGCGCGGGCGCCGGCGCCGCCGGUCAGGGCGGCUCGUCCAGCACGGCCACGCCGGCGUACGAUCGCGCCACCGACAUGCCGCCCGCCAGCGUCGUCCACGACUCGGUCGACGGGUCGAACACC